AAACCUUUCUAAUAAGAGAAAAAACUCUCUUCCCUGGCGAUAACAUUAACCACCGCUCAUAUAUGAUGGUCUGCAACUCCCUCUCUUCUUCCACUCUUCCAAACCUUAUCCCUUUCACCUACCAACCUCCGGCGGCGGCGGAAAGCGGCGGCCGCCGCCGCCAUGUCGAGCGAAUUUUGCAAUUGAGUCCCUGCAAACGGAGCCGGCCGAGAGGCGUUUCGGUGGUGACACGCGCUGCGCCCACCGCCACCAGCUACAUAUUCGCAUUCAUCUUCCCACUCUCUCUCCUCGCCGUCACCAUUUUCACUUCUGUUAGAGUCGUCGAUAAGCUCGACGAGAAGUACCUCGAAGAGCUUGCUGUGGACCAAGCAAUAUUAGAAGCAAAAGAGAACAGCGACGAAGUCUCGGAACCAUCAGUGAAAGAAGCUGCACCAGCCCGAAGCAGAAAUCGACCCAAACGAGAAGUUCAGCAAACAUCUACUUAACCAUGGUUGAGUUUUUGAGAGCCGAAGAAAAUAGACAAGCAAGCAAAUAGUUUUGUAAUUUUUUAGUUGUUGUAAGCUUUAUUUAUAUGCUUGCCAAAAAAUCUUCCGACUGCGUUAUUGUUUGUAUGUUCGUGUAUGUAUGUAAGCUGAAAGAGAGAAAUAAAAUGGAUAUAAUUCAUAAA